AGCGCAGCCAACCCUUCAUUGCGAUUGAUUGUUGGUCCGGCAUUCAGAAUGAUUCAUGAACAUAUUGCAGAGACCCUUGACGGGCAUUACCCUCCACUUACAGCUGGCCUCAUAUUCCUUUUUAUCGCGGGCAAAUGCUUCUACGAGUGGUUCAUCAACCCUCUACAUAAGUUCCCAGGACCCAAGCUGGCGGCGGUCACCCAUCUGGUGCAUAUGUAUCACUACCUCGCGGGUGAUGAAAUUGCCUGGGUGAAAGGCUUGCACCUCAUCUAUGGGGACGCCGUCCGAACCUCACCCGACCACAUCAGCUACUCGUCCGCCGAGGCCUGGAGAAGUAUCUACGGCCACGCGAGCGCGACCAAGAAGUCCACCGAGAAGGACAUGCGUUUCUUUGGCCAGACUUUGAACGGAGUCCCGGACAUCAUCCGCGCCCCGGCCGUCGACCACUCGCGCUUCCGUCGCAAUUUCUCGCAUGCUUUCUCGGACAAAGCCUUGCGUGAGCAGCAGCCACUCAUCGCCCACUACGCGGACAUGCUGGUCGAGAAGCUCCGCGUUAUCGUCAAAGCAGACCCCAGGGCAAACAUCGAAAUGGUCCUGAUGUAUAACCUGACCACGUUCGACAUCAUGGGUGACCUGACCUUCGGGGAUCCUCUGAAUUUGUUGGCCGGCACCGGCAACGUAGGCUGGGUAACGUCAAUCUUCUCCAGUGUCAAGGUCAAUACACUGAAACGGGUCGCACGAUACUACCCGUGGUGCUCCUAUUUCCUGAACCAGAUUCUUCCACGGUCCUUGAAGCAAAGGCAAGCGUCACAUCACCAGUCCUGCAAGGAUAGGGUCGAUUGGCGGGUGGAUCAGAGCCUCAACCGUCCCGAUAUAUGGGGCCUCAUCAUGGCCCAAAAUGACACCUUACGUCUGAGCCGCGAGGAGAUGUACGCCAACUCGCAGCUGUUCAUGGUCGCGGGGACCGAGACCACCGCCACGGCCCUGAGCGGCCUCACGUAUCAGUUGUUGUUGAACCCCGACAAGCUGGAGCGAAUUACCAAGGAGGUUCGUGACACCUUUGAGCGAGAUUCGGACAUUGAUAUGCUCCGCUUGGCACAGAUGAAGUAUUUGAAUCGAUGUAUCGAGGAAGGCUUGCGGAUGUACCCACCCGUCCCCUCGGGAAUGCCCCGUAUCGUCCCCAAGGAAGGCAUGGAGGUCUGCGGCGAAUAUGUACCUGGAAAUACGGCUGUCUCCGUACACCACUGGGCGACCUAUCGCAACCCGAGAAACUUCACUCGGCCGGACGAAUUCCUCCCCGACCGCUGGACCGACGACCUUGAGUUCGCCGGCGACAACAAGGCUGCUUUCCAGCCGUUCUCUUUCGGCCCUCGUAACUGCCUGGGGAAGAAUCUCGCGUAUCAUGAAAUGCGACUCAUCCUAGCCAAAGUUCUCUACCACUUCGACCUGGCUCUGGCUCCGGAAUCAAGAGGUUGGGAGAAGCAGAGAGCGUGGACUUUGUGGGAAAAGAACGACCUGAUGGUUCAACUGACACCGCGGGCCUAGAUGCGGACAUUUGUUGGAGAUCGAUAGGAUGUAAUCUUUGGGUUAUUGGAUGUCUAAAAACGUGGCAUUGCGCGCGCAUGGGGUAUCGGUGGAGAGUCGGGGAUGCCUGUUUUAGCCUGUUGUUUGAGCCCAUGGAGUUAGUUCCUUGUUCAUUCAGUCAAGUUUGUAGGACGGGUGGCUGAGUCAAAGCCUACACUAAGAGCCGUAGGCCUCUGGUCACCAAAUGGUGGCGUUCCGGUAAUUUGUCAUAGAAAAUAA